GGUGACUGCCGUCACUUCCUCAGCGCAGUGCAGGACGGGAAUGCGAGUCGAUUGGCCGGCGCCCGCCCCGCUUUCUAGCGUGCUGGGGAGCAGGAAGCGGUAACGGCGGGGUAGGCGCGGCGGGACGAGAGGCUCCUCGCGGCUAGUCCUUUUGUCAUGGAAGCUGAAGAAACAAUGGAGUGUAUCCAGGAGUUCCCCGAACACUAUAAAGUUAUUUUGGAUAGACUCAAUGAGCAACGUGAGCAGGACCAGUUUACGGAUAUUACUCUGAUUGUUGAUGGUCACCAUUUCAAAGCUCAUAAGGCUGUUCUUGCUGCCUGCAGCCAGUUCUUCUACAAAUUCUUCCAAGAUUUUACUCAGGAGCCACUGGUGGAGAUUGAAGGUGUAAGUAACAUGGCAUUUCGUCACUUAAUUGAGUUCACCUAUACAGCAAAACUAAUGAUCCAAGGUGAGGAAGAAGCAAAUGAUGUUUGGAAAGCAGCCGAGUAUCUACAAAUGUUAGAAGCUAUCAAAGCACUUGAAAUCAGGAACAAAGAAAAUUCAUCACCCUUAGAAUCAAAUCAAGCACAAGGUAAAAAUAAACCGAAAAAGAGGAAGAUAGCUGAAACCUCUAAUGUUAUCACAGAAACACUACCAUCUGCAGAAUCGGGGCCUGUAGAAAUUGAGGUUGAGAUUGCUGAAGGAAUGAUUGAAGUGGAAGAUGACAGCAUUGAAACACUUGAAGAAGUAGCUUCUGCAGAGCAAUCCAUAAAGUACAUACAGACAACGGGUACAUCAGAUGAAUCUGCUUUGGCUCUUUUGGCAGAUAUCACCAGCAAGUAUCGUCAGGGAGAGAGAAAAUGCCAUAUCCAAGAAGAAGGUGAUAGUGCAACUGAUCCCUCAUGCAAACAGGUAGAAGGUAUUGAAAUUGUGGAACUUCAGCUGUCACACGUGAACAAUUUAUUCCACUGUGAGAAAUGUAACCGUUCAUUUAAAUUGUUUUACCAUUUUAAGGAACACAUGAAAACACACUCUGCUGAGAGUUACAAGUGUGACAUAUGCAAUAAAAGGUACCUGCGAGAGAGUGCUUUGAAACAGCAUCUCACCUGUUACCACCUUGAUGAAGGUGGUGCCAGCAAGAAGCAAAGACCUGGCAAAAAAAUACAUAUAUGCCAGUACUGUGAGAAGCAGUUUGACCAUUUUGGACAUUUUAAAGAGCACCUGCGGAAGCACACGGGUGAAAAACCAUUUGAAUGUCCAAACUGCCAUGAACGUUUUGCCAGGAAUAGCACACUCAAAUGUCACCUGACGGCCUGUCAGUCUGGAGCUGGAGCUAAAAAGGGAAGAAAGAAGUUGUACGAAUGUCAGGUUUGUAACAGCGUGUUUAACAGCUGGGAUCAAUUCAAAGAUCACUUGGUAAUACACACUGGUGACAAACCCAACCACUGCACCUUAUGUGAUGUGUGGUUUAUGCAAGGCAGUGAGCUGAGAAGGCAUCUCAAAGAAAUGCAUAACAUUUCAGAACACAUAGUGACAGAAGAGGUUCUUCCAGUGGAAGCUGUGGAAGCUGAACCAGUAACAUCAAUGACUAUCAUAGAACAGGUGGAGCAAGUCCAUGUCCUACCAGUAAUUCAGGUACAAGUGGAUCCUGCACAGGUAACUGUGGAACAGAUGCACCAGGAUCUCAUACAGGACAAUCAAGUGAAAGGCACACAGAUAGAUGAACUGCAAGAACAGGUGCAAAUCAGUUACUUAGAAGUUGAACACAUUCAGACUGAGCAGGGUGCUGAAGUUCAUGUGGAGCAGUUACAUGUUGAGCAUGUAAAUCAAAUACAGAUGGAAGAAGUACAGGCAGAACUUAUAGAUGGAACAGACUUUAGACAAGUAAAAUAUGAAAGUGUUGCUCCAGGAGAAGCAGAAGAAAAACAACCUAAUCAAGAAGCUGAUGCAGUUAAGGAAGAACAUGAACAAGCUGAAGACUUAAAAACUCAACACUUACUGGACGUAAAGAAUGAAUAGGUGGAUAACUAGGACAAAUAACGAUAACGUGCAGGUUUAGAGAUGAAAUACCAAAUUAUUUUGUUAACGUUUACAUUGGUUUUUGAACUGUCAGUUUUUCCAAUAUGCUGUCCCUAGGAAGCUGAGUGAGUGGACCAAAAUUAGCUUUCUUCAUGUACAACUAAAAUUUUCUCAUGUGAAAAUUAACUUUGCCAUUCAUGUAACACCAUGCAACAGGAACUACCAGAGAUGCGGACAGCUUUCUGAGGAUUUUAAUAGUUAUUAACUUGUAUCAUUGUUACAUCAUUACCCUGAGCACCUGUAAGAGUAAUUUAAUCUCUUUUCUCUUGCAACAGAAGCAAACUCUUGUUAUAGAUUGUGUCUGUGGCAGAAGAAUCCGCAAAAUCUGGUGGGUUCUAUUGCAAGUGGCAAUUGACUACCUGUAAAUUUUUGGGUCAGACUGUUUGCUGGAUUUUAACAGCAGUCCCUAACUUUCAUGCUGAGGAAAAAAAAUUGUUGCUUGAGUUCUGUGCACAAAAGUCCUGUGCCUUUUCAACAAUGACUUGUUAAAUUUCCACAAAGUUCCUAGAGUGUGCAAGAAAAAGUUCAGUAAAAGACUAUAUAGGUAAUGUUACAGUGCUUUAUAU